AUGAGACUUGAAAAAACCAUCAUUAAAGAAUUAUGUGACGCUGCUCUUAAAAUUCAAUCAACUUUCCGUGGGCACUUGGCUCGGAAACUUGUCAAUAAGGAUGAACCAGAAGAUGUUGACAUACAGGAAAUAACUAAAAAAGUUGCUGAGGAAUUAGAUAUUGAUCUCACUGAUCCAGAGCUUAAUAAAGCAGCUACUAAGAUACAAGCAUCAUUCCGGGGCCAUAAAACCCGUAAAGAAGUACCAACUUCGGCUGAAUAAAAAUUGUAAGCCAUCCCAAUGGAUUUCCCGAAAAUGUAUAUUUUUGUGGAAAUAUAUUUGAAAGAAAUUCAAUUUAACGUGUGCGCAUAAAACAAACACACAA